AUGUAUUCAUUUAUUAGGGAUUUUAUCGGACUUUUUCAAGGAUUAGAUGAACUGUUUAUUAUUGCAGGACAAUUAUGGCCAGUGAACAAUUAUGACAAGCGAGCAUUAAUGGCCAGUGAACAAUAA